GUCGGGUCCUGCAGUCCGGGACGAGGCUGAGGGCGCCAAGGAGAAAGCAAGUUGGAACUUGUCCAUCAAUGUGCCGGUGCUGUCCGUGAGCUGGAUCCACCGUCAUGAAGAGGUUUUGGCAGUGCGCGUGAAGGGGAUCAAGCUGGAGGUUGGUCAGCAUGCCACAGAUCGAAGCUUCGACAUUGGCAUGCAGCACCUGCAGGUGGAUCACUUCAUGGAUGGUGGAGAGCUGCCCGUUGUACUGAAUCGCCGCUUCCUCCACAUAAACAGCCGUUGGCUGCGGGAGAAGGCCGUGCAGCUUUCGGCAAAGUGGAUCAGCGACAGCCACAUCAUCAAGAAGCUGUCUGUGAGCCUGGUCCCGUACUGGCUCAACUUGGAGUUGGGAGUGCUAAUUCGGUUGCUAGACCUCGCCGAGAGCUCCCUGGGUGUGAACGAAGCAUCACCCGACGAAGGAGCGCGUGUUGCAUUGGCUGCGCCGUCUCAGCCCUCCUCUUUGGCCGAUGCCAAGCACCUGGAGGUGUGGCGAUUGGAGACCUUGGUGGUUCAGCCCCUUCGCCUGACGAUCAUGGUUCGCUCGCCAGAUACUGCUGCGGCGCGAGAUCACACCAUGGCUCGAAGAAUUCGCUUCCUGCCGGUGGACAUGCCCAACAUGGACCUCAAAGUAGACCAGACUGUUCUGACCAAUCAGUUCGGAUCCAUUCAGCAGCUGUUGGGCACUUUGGGCAACCAGUACAAGCGCAAG